AGAAAGAGAGAGUUAAUGUGAGUGCACAUGUGCCACUGAAUACAGCUGCCACACGCUUUAAAUCUUAAAGAGAAGGACAGGCCGAAAGAAAGAAAGAAAGAAAGAAAGAAAGAAAGAUUGUUUAAACUUUCUUCUGUUGGGAAACAGAAGCAGCAGUGAAGAAGAAAACGUGUUGAAUCCUCACCAUAUAAAUACAGAUCAUCUACUGCAGGAGCUCAACUCAUAAACUGUCAUGGCUCCCAGCUUGGCCCAAGCGUACAGGAGGAGGUGGUGGAUGGCUAUCACAGCCAUUAUAGAGAACCUGCUCUUCUCUGCUGUUCUGCUGGGUUGGGGCUCACUGCUCAUCAUGCUGAAGAAUGAAGGCUUCUAUUCCCAUCUUUGCAUUGAAAACGAAACUGACCACACCAACGUGACUUCCAUGGAGAGCGGUCAGUGGCGGAGUUGCGUGGAGCAGGAAGAGAUGUUGAACCUUGGCUUCACCAUUGGCUCGUUCCUCUUGAGUGCAGCCACUCUACCCCUGGGCAUCCUGAUGGACAAAUAUGGGCCGCGCCCACUGAGGCUCAUCGGCAGUUCAUGUUUUGCAGCCUCCUGCGCAAUGAUCGCUGUCGUUGCAUACAACCCUGAAGUGCUGUCCGCCCUCAUCUUCCUCGCUGUCUCCCUCAACGGCUUUGGAGGGAUCUGUCUGACCUUCACCUCACUCACACUGCCUAACAUGUUUGGAAAUAUACGAUCAACCAUCCUCUCCCUGAUGAUUGGCUCCUAUGCUUCUUCAGCCGUGACCUUCCCUGGUGUCAAGGUGAUUUAUGACCUUGGCGUGUCGUUCCGCGUCCUCAUGUGGGUUUGGUCUGGCAUGGCCUGCAUGGUCUUCGUCAACUGCUUCGUAAACUGGCCUGUUGAAUCCUUCCCUGCACCCGAAGACGUCAGAUACACUAAAAAGGUGAAGCUGAGCGGAGUUGUGACAGAGGACAAGGUGACUGGGGAGUCGUAUGUCACCCAUGUGACUCUUAUGGAAGACAUGAUGGGAGCUCAGCAGCCGGAACCCGAACGGACAGACUCCAAAGGCACAACCCAGGACGCAGUGCCACUCUGUCACUCUGUGUGCUCUCCCAUCUUACUGUGGAGUCUCAUCACCAUGGCAAUGACCCAGCUGAGGCUGAUCUUCUUCAUGGGUGCCAUGAACAAGAUGGUGGAGUUCCUGGUCACCCACGGCAACCCCAACCCCUCAGAAGAGAUGGUGAAUGAGGCGAAGGAACAAGUUGGUUUCUACUCAUCUAUCUUCGGCACAAUGCAGCUGCUGUGUCUAUUGACCUGUCCUUUGAUUGGCUACAUCAUGGACUGGAGGCUGAUGGAGUGUGAAGAGGAGAACGCAAACACACAAAUAGAAAAGAGCCAAUCAGAUCCCCCGAAGAGAGACAGGAAGAUCCAGAAACUGACCAAUGCCAUGAGAGCUUUCAUCUUCACUAACCUCUUAUUGGUCACCUUCGGAAUACUUUCCUUGAUUGACAACCUGCCCCUACAGUUGGUGUCGUACGUUCUGCACACCAUAGUGAGAGGAUUUAUCCACUCCUGCUGUGGAGGUCUCUACGCUGCUGUGUAUCCAGCUAACCAUUUUGGAACACUGACAGGCCUGCAGUCAAUGAUCAGCGCUGCCUUCGCCUUGCUCCAACAGCCUCUGUUCAUAGUGAUGCUGGGACCCCUCAAAGGAGAUCCUUACUGGAUCAAUUUUGCCCUUCUCAUCUUCUCCCUGACUGGCUUCCUGUUGCCCGGCUAUCUGUUUUAUCACCGUAGAAACCUGAUCAGGGCAAAGGCAAAGCGUGAUAGGUUGGCUGCCAGCCAAUCAGAAAAUGCUCCUCUAAACCAGUCUGAUUUGAAGAGCCAAGCCAAUGGGCAUGCGGCUAAUGGAUACACACCCAAUGGACACACUGCUUAAAACAAUCAAUGGGACUGAAAUGAGCAAUUUAUGUAAUAGUCUGUUUUGACUACUGUUUUUAGUAGUUUAAAAAUAUAUUCUGAGGAUGUAAAUGCAACCUUACCCCGGUUUGGAAACUAUGACAUCUAGCAAAAACAAAACAAGACAGCAAAAAUUUAUUUUACCUUUAAGAUUAUCGCCAGCAGUAGGUCUACAGUUUGACCUAAUGCCAGGCUUUUCGUUUGGAAUAUAUUCUCUGACUUUUCACUAGAUUUCAUCACAUGGUCAUUUAAAAAUAACAUGUAAAGGUGGCUCAGUGGUUAGCACUGUAGCUUCACAGCAUGAGUCUCAGCUCUGCUCUCUCCAGUGUGGAGUUUACAUGUUGUUCUGACUGUGGGGGUUUGCUUUCUCCACGAACACUCAAAUUGCCCAUAAGUGAGAAUAUGAGUACAUGUGAUGGACUGACAAGCUUCCAGUCCCCAAAGCAUUAAGUGACAAAUAACAUAAAAAUUCAAGGACCAUACAGUGUUUCUGCAUGUUUUAUCCCACUAAUAACAUACAGUCGGUCUACAAGAGUAUUUCCAGACAUUUUUCAAAGUGUAACUGAACUCUUUAGAUUAUUGAAUGUGCUUGAAACGAAGUAAUCCAUCACAGCUGACAGCAAAACUGCAAGCCAAAAAAACAGGCCUACACAUACUGUAUAAUGAUGAUACUACUACUACUACUACUACUACUACUAAUAAUAAUAAUAAUGAUAAUAAUAUAGAUGCAAAGUGUUUAAUAUGAGCAAAAAUGAAAACAGAUAAA